GUGUCUCCUCAGCUCCGUUCACACCAUAGAGAGAAAGGACAAGUGGCUCAACAACCUCCAGGGGAUAAAGGCCUCCUUUUCUGGAUGGACACUCCCUUCUAAUGGUGACUGGAACCGCCCCUUUUCAGCAAGCUACUUGCAGCGUCCUGGGAGCCCAGUGUGAUUGCAGCGGCUGUCACCACCCCAGAAAGAAAGCCCCCCCCCCACGAGACAGAGAGCUGCAGUAAUCCUGAGGUUCUGAGAGUCGGCUGAAGGGACAGUCUCGGCACAGGAACCGUGAUACACAGAGCAAAGGCCACCGAGCGAGUUCCAACCCCCUUGUGAGCAACUGGAGUGAGAAGAGCCCCCAGCCUGCCGGUUCUUCAGUCCUGAGAGGAGUUCCGCCACCGGUUGCUGCUGAGCCAUGGCUGAAGGAGAAAUCACCACCUUCACAGCCCUGACCGAGAGGUUUGAUCUGCCUGCGGGAAACUACAAGAAACCCAAACUUCUCUACUGCAGCAACGGGGGCCACUUCUUGAGGAUCCUUCCAGAUGGGACGGUGGAUGGGACAAGGGACAGAAGCGACCAGCACAUUCAGCUGCAGCUGAGUGCGGAAAGCGCGGGCGAAGUGUAUAUAAAGGGUACGGAGACUGGCCAGUACUUGGCCAUGGACACGGACGGGCUUUUAUACGGCUCACAGACACCAGAUGAGGAAUGCCUGUUCCUAGAAAGGCUGGAAGAAAACCAUUAUAACACUUACACAUCCAAGAAGCACGCGGAGAAGAACUGGUUUGUGGGCCUCAAGAAGAACGGGAGCUGCAAGCGCGGUCCUCGGACUCACUAUGGCCAGAAAGCCAUCUUGUUUCUCCCCCUGCCGGUAUCUUCUGACUAGGGGGAUCUGCCUGGGUGCUCCCUAUUUUGGUUGACCCUAAAAUGUUCCCUUGACCAUUGGCUGCGCUAACCCCCAGCCCACAGAGCCUGAAUUCGUAAGCAGUGCUUCUAAAUUGCCAGCUCACUUUUCUGCUGAGCCCUUCCCCUGCCAGCACAGUUUGGAACAGAAGGACCAAGUUGCUUCUAUGGGGCCAACUGGCUGGUCAGUCUAGGUCUUGGUUUGGAUUUCCGGUUGCCUCCGGGCACCUGCCGCAAGCUGCACCUCAGGACACAGAGAUGAGGCCGUGUGAAGCCUCCAGAGGGAUCUGAGAAGUUGGUCCUUAGCAGUUCCACGCUCUUUCCCCCUACUGAGAAAGCCCUGGUUUGACGACCCCAGGCACCUAACAAGUCUACCCUUCCUUCCCCCACCAGCACCCCACAAAUAUUAGCAAAGAAACCGAUAGUGAAACUGGAGGAAGUCUAUGAUAGAGACAGAAAUCCUCCUCCCACACCCCCUCCCCCACACACAGAUGGCUCUUAAAACCAAAAGGGAGUGGCAUUUCCGUGGACAGCCUGGAAGCAUGGGAUCUCAGCAUAGCGUAAGAAGGCUCAUCCCAGCAGUAGGUGUUACCAAGGAAACCUCCACAGUCAGGGGAUGAGCCCUGGAAAUGGUUUCUUGAUAACAGCAAGCACAGUGAUCUAGGGUUAAGAGAGUAGGUGUAGGAGCGGUGAGGAGAGAAGGGUGCCUUCAGCUGUGGAUGCUAGCCUCUAAAACGGGGAGAUUCUAAACACGAGGAGAGAGGAAGGGAAAGCAAAGCCAUGGCAUGGUGUGCUUGGUCACCAUGAAACUUUGGGGUCCCAGGAUGAUGCCCCCAGAAUCGUACAUGCAUAUAGAUCACCUGAGGAUUUGGUUUGGAUAUGAAAGCUGAUUUGACAGGGCUGGUCGGGGAGCGCUGUGUUCAGAAAGGACUCCCAGGUCCUGUAGAUGUUGUUGGCUUCCCCACCACGCUUUCAAGAGCAGAAACUGCUAUUCAGACGAAGGUUCCUCAAACCCCACCCUCCUCUGCCUCCACCACCUGGGUCUCCCCGAACAUUCAGGCAGUGUCCAUGGUAGUUAAGCAUGGUUGUAAGGCACUUUGGCCCAGGGCCUAUAAAAUGCCCACUUAGAAGACAUAAAGAAAGCAUACCUCAAAAAAAAAAAAAGUUAAACCUCACCAAUAGGCUUUCCCAAGAGACCAUUUCUGUUACCGUUAUGUCUCCAAGCAGGCCUCCUCUUAAAGUAAACUUGGCCCAGGUGGCCAUCAAAUCAGAAACACUAUUCAUCUCUGACAUAUGACACAGAUGCCGCGGGAAGGCCUUUCACACGCCGUUUCAACAUACUGUGAGACUGUAUAUUUUCGUCGCAUUUUAUAUAGCUUGAAGGAAUUAAACGGAUUCGCAUUUAGCCAGAGACUAAUAACAACUGUGUAGGAGGGGUAAACUACUUAAUUAUCUAACACACUACGUUUAUGCCUGAGGCUUUUCUCCUUUGUCUUCUGCUGUGUUUAAAGACGGGUAUCUAGGGGCUGUAGAGGCGGCUUAGCGGUUAAGAGCGUAAGGCUCCCACAAAGAAUAGUUCAGUUCCCAGCACGCACAUCCCAUGCUCACACCUGGUUCUAACUGCAACUCCAGGGGCCUGAUGUCCUCUUCUGACAUCCAGGGCUACUGCAUGCACAAGUACAAAGCCACACCCAGACACGCACACAUUUUUUUUUUAAUCUAAAGCAACAAUAUGAUGGCUGUGGAUUAAAACCAAUGAGAGUUUUCACUUGUUUGACAAGGAUCUACAGGAAUUAUUCCCUAAAAAAAAAAAAAAAAAUCUUAUAACAACACGGUCAUGUUUAGGAUGGGAGAGAGAUGAUGAAGCUCUGAGAGUUCCAAGUGCUGAUGGAGGAGCUGAACUGAGUUAUCUGACAACAUGGUAAAUAAUAACGUUCUGUCGAAUGUGGUGGUGCACACCUUGAAUCCCAGAAUUUAGGAGGCAGAGGCAGGUGGACCUCUGUAAGACUCAGUUCAGCCUGGUCUACACAGCAAGUCCCAGGACAGCCAGGGGUAGGUAUAUAGAGAGUCCCUGCUUUUAAAAAAGAUUCAUAAUAAUUAUAACAAUGUUUUGCUUUUUUAUAAUAAGAUGAUUCAUGACCUUUUUCUUUUUAGUCUAUAACUUGGCUAAUACAAUUCUGUUUUGUUUUAGUAAAUCUCAGACACACAGGGAAUGAUAAAACAUGGGUUACUGUGCCUUUGUAUGAUGAUUUGAAGAUGUAGCCAGGAAAAGUAUACAGAGAAGCAAUCUACGAUACUUAGAAUAGUCGUUAGUUUUUCUUAUAUGAACCAAACCCAAGGAUAACAUUGGCCAAGACAAACUGAAAACCACCACACACUGAUGAAAUGGAGUCUGUGACUUCAGAGGCUCAAAGCACUGCUGUGCCCUGUGGCCUGAACAACCAACCAAGCCACCAUCCAUGUGUUUGCUCAAUAGACACUGAGGCCCGGUGUGUGUCAGGCAUUGGAUGGUGGCCCCUGGGGACCAUGCCAGUCUGGCAUCCUCUCCCUGAGCAUCUAUUCAUGAGGAGAGAGAUGCUGUGGAUUAAUUUCUCCAGUCAAGUAAAAACCCAGACUGCAUAGAUUCCUACUGAAUCAAAGUCAAUAGUAUGCCCUAGAAAUCCCGAACGGUAGAUAACCCCCAACAAAGUGAUAGGGGACAAGCUUGGCAAAGUAAACUCAGGACUUUCGGUGUUAGCCCUGCGUCUGCCUCACUGGGGUGGACUAGCUUCCAGUCAGGAAAAGAGCUGUCGGUUCUUGCAGAAAGGGAGCAGUAAGCGGGUCCCUGUGCUGUUUGGAACAUUGAACGUGGGAACGUUCGGUUGCGCAACUCUCUUCCAUAACUCAGUCUCAAAGCCAUCUGCUUGUCACGUGCCUCUCACAUGCACUCAGUUCCAAGCUGACGGCAACAAGGCGUCCAACGCUCCCUACAAAGCAUGAGGAGCAUAUGGGCGUUUGACAGUAACAUCCUAGAAAUGGAGCCGGCCGUUUCCCCCAGUGGCCGCCAGUGUUUUCCAGACGAAAGGCUAACCAGUCCAUCAGCUGCCAUGGAAGAUGAGGCCCCUGCUUUGCAUUGAAGGCAGUGGCGCCCAAAUCCCCAGCUCUGCCCAGAACACUGCCUAAAGUCACCACGGUCCCUGGCUGCGGAGCAGGCUCUGAUGAAGACGCCUGAUAUUGUUUACCCCAUCCCUCCCCCCGUAUCACACUCUGCACCUUAUAGAUACUAAUAAAUGUUGUGUUAAUGGGUAACACGU